CUCCUCGGAGAAGGCGUGCCGAGGGCGCGCCCCCAGGAAAAGAGGCCAUUGGCCUUCGCCCCGAGCAGGGUGGGGCACGGCGCAGAGGAGCCGCGCGGCCUUCGGACACCGCCCCUGCACGGGCUCACGGAGAGAGCCGCACAGGGCGGGCCCUGGCCGGCGGAAGCGGAGCGAGCGCGGCCGGAAGGCAGCUGGCGGUUGGGCGCGGGGCCCCGAGGAGGCCGCGCCAUGGCGGCCGAGGGGACAGCCGUGGUCGGAGGCGGGGCUGCCGGCGGGAGCCUGGCCAAGGACACCUCGAGGCCGCCUAAGCUCCCCAGCGCGAGCGCGAGCCGGAGGCGCUCCUCGUCGCUCUCGCGUGACGCUGAACGCCGCGCCUACCAGUGGUGCCGGGAGUACCUGGGCGGGGCUUGGCGCCGAGUGCGGCCCGACGAGCUGAGGGUUUGCCCCGUGAGCGGAGGCCUCAGCAACCUGCUCUUCCGCUGUUCGCUCCCGGACCAUCUGCCCAGCGUUGGCGAGGAGCCCCGGGAGGUGUUGCUGCGACUGUAUGGGGCCAUUCUGCAGGGCGUGGAGUCCUUGGUGCUUGAAAGCGUGAUGUUUGCCAUCCUUGCAGAGCGGUCGCUGGGACCUCAUCUCUAUGGAGUCUUUCCAGAGGGCCGGCUGGAACAAUACCUCCCAAGCCGGCCACUGAAAACUCAAGAGCUUCGAGAGCCAGUGUUGUCAGCAGCCAUUGCCACGAAGAUGGCCCAGUUCCAUGGCAUGGAGAUGCCUUUCACAAAGGAGCCCCACUGGUUAUUUGGGACCAUGGAGCGGUACCUAAAGCAGAUCCAGGACCUGCCUUCUGCUACCCUCCUACAGAUGAACCUGCUAGAGAUGUGCAGCCUGAAGGAUGAGAUGGACAAUCUCAGGAAGUUCCUAGACUCUACCCCAUCUCCAGUGGUCUUCUGCCACAAUGACAUCCAGGAAGGAAAUAUCUUGUUGCUGUCAGAGCCAGAAAAUGCUGACAGCCUCAUGCUGGUCGAUUUCGAGUAUAGUAGUUACAACUACAGGGGCUUUGACAUCGGGAACCAUUUUUGUGAGUGGGUUUAUGAUUAUACUCAAGAGGAAUGGCCUUUCUACAAAGCACAACCCACAGACUACCCCACUCAGGAACAGCAGCUCCAUUUUAUUCGACAUUACCUAGCAGAGGUAAAGAAAGGUGAGACUCUUCCCCAAGAAGAGCAGAAAAAACUGGAAGAAGAUUUGCUGGUAGAGGCCAAUCGGUAUGCUUUGGCAUCCCAUUUCUUCUGGGGUUUGUGGUCCAUCCUCCAGGCAUCCAUGUCCACCAUAGAAUUUGGUUACUUGGAGUAUGCCCAGGCUCGGUUCCAGUUCUACUUCCAGCAGAAGAGGCAGCUGACCAGCUUUCACUCAUCCUCCUGACUGUCCAUCGCUCAGCCCUUGGAUUUCUCCUGGAGUCUCCAGGGCAGGACCUUGGAGGAGGAAUCAGAGCAAGAAGCUUGGGGGUCUGGGACUGUCUUUGAGUGAGACAGUGGUUGAGGAGACCGGCCUUUCCCUCAGUUUGAGCAGGUCUCUGGGGCUAGCAGGCAGAUGGGAACCCCUUGCCUGUACACCUUAAUAAAUGAGCUUAUUCCUUCAAACUGCUUCUUGAUACUGCUCAAAAGUGGCAGAAGUACCAGAUCAAGGAUCCACACAGAUGCAGUGACCACUCUGUUCAGGCCUCUGUACCCUGAGAUCUUCUGUCCUAAGCCCUCUCCCCUGGCUCCAGCUUAGGAUCUAACAUCCUAGAAACUGGGGUGGGA